GCAGAGCUUGUGGUUGCUGCGGAGUUCGUUGACAAUAUGGCGUUCACGAGACUCGCACAAGUUAGUCUUGGUACAUUUAUUGGCGGCGUUGCGGCUUGCCUCUUACCCAUUCUUUUCACUGCCAUUCAGACACUGAAACCGAUAUGGAGGGAUUUUGAAAUACCUCUCCUAAUAAUUUAUGGAGUACUUUACAAUACCUUGAUGGUCUUGGCAUGUCGGAACGAUAGAGUUUUAUAUCAGGUAGUGGUGCGGUCUGGGAAUCUGGGUCUAGCAUUUGCAGCUGGAUUACUUCUGAGUUUUUCUGGUGUAUCAUGGGCAACAUUUGGUUGGUAUUUAACAGUCAUCAGUUUUUUUCAUUGGUCAGAAUACUUUUUCACAGCAACUACAAAUCCUCGUUCAUUAACUCUGGAAUCAUUUUUACUGGAUCACAGUCGUGAAUAUGAGCUGGCAGUGGUAGCUAGCUGCACUGAAUACUUUCUGGAGUGGUUCAUUUAUCCAGAGAUGAAGCAGAUCACCAUCCUAAGCGUAGUGGGUUUGCUGCUGACAUUAGGAGGUGAGGCACUUAGGAAGAUCAGCAUGGUGACAGCUGGCAUCAGCUUCAACCACUACGUGCAGCGUACAAAACAUUCUGACCACCAUCUUGUGACUUCUGGUGUUUACAGCCUGUUUCGUCAUCCUUCCUAUGUUGGAUGGUUUUGGUGGUCCGUUGGCACCCAGAUAAUGCUUCUAAAUCCGCUGUGCAUGGUAGGAUACGCUGUGGUGUCGUGGCGGUUUUUCAACGAACGAAUAUAUGAUGAAGAAAGGCACUUGCUCAACUUUUUUGGGGAGGACUAUCUUAACUAUCAACGCUUAACUCCUACAGGGCUUCCAUUUAUUAAAGGUUUCCGUGUGCCACUUUGACACAGCCUUAUAUAUUGUUCAGCCUGCAGACACAAUCUAGCCUUUAUGACACUCUGGUAUACAUGAAACUGCUGUGUAUGUGACAAUUGGCUUUGGCGAAACUCACAUGCAUGAAAUGUCUUUUCUUUUCUCAAGGUUGAGGCUUUGUUUAACAACAAAUAUAACAAUGUAUGAAUGGCAGAGCAGGCAUAGGGAUGAAUGGCAAGUACAUCAAACAGAGAAGUGAUGUUCUAUGAGCUUGAGUUAGUGAAUGUUUUGUUGAGAUGGAUACAAAAAUAUCAAAGGUGUGACAAAUCCAGGAGAUGGUGAAAAGGUGAUAAAGUAGUUGAGUUGAAGUAAUCUGAGCUUAAAUUCUGAAACAAUGAAUUUGAGAAUGUAUUUGACAGUAAGUUUAUAAAUGUUAUAGUAAAGGCUCUCCUUAAUGGGGCAAAAUGUGAAACAUCUGAAAUACUUAAAGUCCCACAAACCAAGAAACACUUUGGCAGAGGCGGCGUUAGGAACCGUUAAGAACAUGCGGGGCCUGGGGCCGACCAUCCGCGCGGGGCCGGGGUAGUGGAGUAUGUGUAUCAAUAUCCCUAUUGAUAUGAUGUCGGAAGCACUGAUU